CCCUCGUACGUCUCCUCCACGCCAAACGCAGCUGAUGCUCGGCUCGCCGCGCACGGACUAAAGUCUCCCCGAGCCGGCAAACGAGGCAACUUUUGUCACUUGUAGCCCAAAAAAGGAAAAAAAAAAAAAAAAAGAAACAAGAAAAGAAAAGAGAAACAAUGCUCGGAAUACGGUGGACGUGUGCGCUUAUCUUGGUCCUGUGGCUGAGCUCGGGAAACGAGGAGGUGAGCUGCGGCGCGCCACCGGCGCACUUCAACUUCACGGAGUUCUACCUGUACAAGCUGUACGCCAACGAGAACGAGACCCUGGGCUUGGACGAGAACCACCUGGUGGAGUUGAGGCGCCAAGUGUCCAGCAUAUCGUUCAGCCGGGUGCUGAAGAAGGUCAUGAUGCGCCUGAUCAACGUGACCAAGGACAGCGACAAGAUAGAUUACAUGAGGCGCGAGAUCUACGACGUCUACCAGAUGGUCGUCAACGUCGAGAACACCUGCGAGGAGCUGGCCAAGUACAGGAGGCUCGCCGGCCCGGUGGUGGUCACGCGGGCCCUCAAGGAGCUCUUCAGGGAGGCCCUGGACCGGAACACGGGGCUUAACGCGCGGCUGCAGAAGAGCCUCGGGAAGAUCGUUUUGUGGAAGGGCCGGAACAUCGUUGACGCCCUGGAGACCCACAUAGAGGAGUUCGAGCCCCUCUGUCGGUCCACCAAGUCCCGGCGGCAGUACUUUUACGAGUUUUUCCUCUCAAUGCUGUCGUACGAGAUCAAGGGGUACGUGACCCUAAGCUUCGUCCUGGAAAUGAAGAAGGAGGCGAUUAGUAAUUUCGAGAAGGUCCGGAGGGACGCGUACGUCGAGGCGAAGCAUAGGGUCGACGCGUUGACGGGGACCUUGGACAAAGUGAUCAAACGAGCGUCCCGGGAGAUGUACAGAUGCGACCCCGAAAGGCCCAAAGAAAACAAAACUUACGUCGAGCUGAAGAACGUUUUCCGGAGAAUACUGUACCACGAGUCUGACUUUAGCAAAAGUCCCGACAACUGCUACGGGAUCUGUCCAAAGGCCAACGCGACGGUCGCCCCCUUGUGCAAAAAGCACGAGUGCUAUCUGCCCCAGCGUCACUGCAACAACGUCAUCGCCUGUAACCAAGUGGAUUUCAAGGACUCGUAUGACGUUUGCAUCUUGAAGGACCGAACGUACGGGCGCAGGUACAGCUUCGUUUUGCCGAACGAGUUCAGCUUCAAUCCGUUUUACAACAGAAACUGCAAGGACGUGUACAGGCUCAUUCAGACGUACACGCGGGGAUUCAUAAGGCCAACGAUAUGUAAGAGCUGCAAUUGCAUCUGCAACGAGAACCACCAGUCGGAGAGGUACAUCAGUUUGGACUCUGUGACGUCUGACGUCGACAACAACUACGUCGUCACGGGCGUGCAGUUCGUCAAGCAAAACAACACGCUUUACAUGCAAGUGCAGCAAGGUAAGCUGUUGCCCUACGGUUGGGUGAAAAACAACUCAACCAGCUGGAACAACGUGACUUAUUGCAUCGCCAAUCUAACGAGGCCGGAAAAAAAGCUGAAGCUCGAGUGGUUCAACGGACGGGGCAUACUGCUGGACGAUCUGAGGCUGCCUAAGCUCUCGGAGAUCGUAACGGGCGUGAGAUUCACGACCCACAGAAACGGCUCGGAACACUUUAUCAAGCUGGAGAUACAGUCGACGCCCUACGACAUCCCCACUGGCCGGCUCUCCCCGGAAUACUCGUACUGGUACUCUUCCAUUGUGCCGUUGCACCAGAGGAAAAAAGUCGACCUCGAUAACCUGGACCUGCCGAGUUACGUGAACGUGACCAACAAACUGGACGGGAUAGCGAGCAAGUAUACGCGUUUCACGCCGACGGGCUUCACGACAAAGGACGCGGGCCAAAGUUUGCUGCCGCUCAUAGACAUUCAGCGAGUGUUCACGGACCCGGCGUCGCCGCUCACCGGGUUGAGUCUCGAUUUGAAGAAAAACAUAACGUCCGGUGGCUACCUCACCUUGAAGCUAAACACCCUCGAUUUGAUGGACAAACUCGAGGGGAGAGCAUAAACAAACUCCGUAGGUACACGAUUAACAUGCCAGAGUAUAUAUAUAUUGAUGUUUUUAAAUUUAUUUUUUAUGGUAUUUUAUUGCACAAAAUAAAACAACCCAACCAUCAUUAUAAUUACCUCGACUUUACAUUGGAGGACGAAGGGCGAAGGACGACGUGUGGUGUGAAUGGCAUCAAAAUGAAAUCGUGAAUUAUUGUUAUUAUUAUAAUAUUUUUUAUNACAGU